GAUGGAAGUUGCCAAUGAUAAUAUAUAUAUUAAAUGGAAAAAAUCUAUUAGUCCAACUUCUAAGCCUCUUUCUUACGUUGUUUUCUCUAGAUAUGUUAUAUCUCCUCUCCAUAAGCCUAUUCAUAAAGAUGACUACUCCGAUUGGAUGACUGCUCCGUCGAGUAUAACCCAUUCGCAGCAAAUAUCCUUUCCGGCCAAGCCGGGCCGUUUCUAUAAAUUCUACGUUAAAGCUGUUAGCGAAGAUGGUGCUAGCGAGGCCAGUUAUGCAAAAGAAGGCCAAGCCGUUCGACUAAUCAGGGAACCAUCCUCUCCGGGAAGCGUCAAAGAUUUAGAAAUGGUUGGAAAGCUCACCGAGGAUGGAAAGAAUACAAUCGUUCUGAAAUGGAAAGAGCCGAUUGAUAGUGAUCUACCAAUUGACAGCUAUAAAAUCAAAUAUCAAAAGAUGAAGAAACGUCGAAAGAAUAGACAGAGAGAUUGGAUGAUGGACGACGCCGGCUUGAAAUCGCCUACCUCCGAAAGAAGGAGGAGAAAGAGACGGCACGAAGCAAGAGUUAGCCACAACGAGGAUAAAGAGCAAAAGUAUACAUUGAAAAAUUUAUCAGCAGGCUCUUUUGAAAUAUCGGUGUCUGCCAUCGCAAAAUAUGGUCACAGUUCAUUGGAAUCUAAACCUAAUACCAUUGUCGUUGAUCUUCCCCAAACUUCAUUGGGUUCAUUUCGGCAUAAAGAUAGAAGAAACAAUCUGCCAAAAGUUACCGGCUUAACCCAUAGUCGACCUUUAUACGAUAAGAAGGAUGGUUUAAUAUUUAAUAUAACUUGGGAAGCGCCAAAAACUAGGCGCAAGUUGAAAGCCUACAAAGUAAAAUGGACUUUUAAAGGAUGUUUGAAAACUGCAACCACAAAAAUCUCUGGCCACGUUCUAAGAAAAAAAAAUUAUCACGUGUUCAAAAAUUUACCUUUUCAAUGCAAUAUCAACGUUGAAGUUUCUUACGAAACAAAGUCUAAAAAAUCUACUUUUUAUUCUCUUCCGGCCAAUUACGAAUUUAGUACGGGAUCAUGCAUGGAUGUGAAAAUGGUCUAUCUCCUAAAAGAUUCGCCAGACGCCUGUUCCGACAACAAUUCGUCCAAGACUGAGAAAGCCGUCCCGGAGGACUUGCGUAUAUCUAACGUUGUCAAGUUGAGGAAUAGAAAACAAAAGACGAUUAUAUUAAAAAUUCAAUGGAAACCUCCGUCCAACAAAAACCUUAAUCCGUAUAAAUAUAGGGUUAGUUGGAAUCCCGUAUCAAAAAAUGACGAAGAGGAGAAGAGUUCGGCCGAAUAUCGAGUUGUUAAAGCGAAGAAUGGGCUAAAUACUGUUACAAUAGAGAAUAGCGUUAGACAAAAGACAAACUACAGAGUAUCUGUCGAAUCAAUAUUUAAACUAGACGGUCGAUUGGUGUUUAGUAGGCCAGUAGUUCGGCAGCAGAAAACUCCAAAUUUGGGCUUUGGAUCAUCGGCAGAAGAAGAAGAAGAAGAAGAAGAAAUGGAAGAAGAGAAAAAAGAGAAAGAAAAAGAAGAAAAUCAAUCAUUUAAUAAGCAAUUGUAA